CAGAAAACUCAUUAGCCCUUUAAUCCGUUAAUGGAGAGCUCACAGGACCCAAAUUUUAAACCACCAGUUCGCGCCGACGAGUCCGAGUCCGAGCUCGAUCUCUACACCAUCCCUACCCACUCCCGUUGGUUCUCUUGGGACUCUAUUCACGAAAUCGAAAGAUUCUCGUUGAGAGAAUUUUUCGAUGGGAGUUCUUUCACUCGAACCCCCAAAAUCUAUAAAGAUUACCGAGACUUCAUCAUCAAUAAGUACAGAGAAGACCCGUCGCGGAGACUCACUUUCAGCGAGGUACGUAAAUCGCUGGUAGGUGACAUUAGCUAUCUCCAGAAGGUCUUCUCUUUGCUUGAAAAAUGGGGGUUGAUCAAUUUUGAUGCUGCAACGGCGGCGGCGGCGUCUGGUGAUGGGGAUAGAGAGGAUGAGAGGUGGAAUGUUAGGGUUGAGGAAGGGGUUCCACAUGGAGUCAGGGUCGUGGCGGUUCCGAAUUCCUUGAAGCCGGUUUCGUUGCCGCCAAGUGUGGGUGUUGGGGAGAGUGGUGGUGAUUUGGUGGAGAAUGGGUUUAAAUUUCCGCCUUUGGCUUCGUUUUCGGAUGUUUAUGGCGAGUUGAUGAAGCAACGAAAGGGUAUCUUUUGUGGGAAUUGUAAAGAGCUGUGCAAUUCGGGACACUAUGAAUAUAUAAAGGAAGGAAGUCUCAGUAUUUGUGUGACAUGCUUUAAAAACGGAAUCUAUGGGGAGAGCAAGUCUGGGGAUGAUUUCAAGUUCAUUGACUGCGUUUUAGACAGUGGUGACCAUGGAGCAGUUUGGACUGAAGCAGAAACUUUACUUCUUUUAGAAUCUGUUUUGAAGCAUGGAGAUGACUGGGAGCUUGUCACUCAAAAUGUUCAAACAAAGAGUAAGCUGGACUGUAUUUUAAAGCUUAUACAGCUACCUUUUGGGGACCUUAUGUUGGGAUCUGCCCAUGGAAAGGCAAGACUUUGGGAUUCCAAUGGCAACGUAAGCGGUGUCAAGCAACUACAGUUCACUUCAAGCAAGUCUCAAGAGAGUGUCAAAACAGAUGACGAUGAGCUUAAGGUUGAGACUCAGCAGAUUGGAGAUGCCGAGAAUGAAGGUCCUCCACCAAAGAGAGUAUGCACUGCUCCAAUAUCAGAUACCAGUAGUACACUGAUGAAACAGGCCGCUCAUAUCUCUACCAUGGUUGGGUCACAUAUCACAGCUUCUGCAGCUGAGGCAGCCGUUACAGCCCUUUGCUAUGAAAACCAAUGUACAAGGGAAAUAUUUGAUGGUGAUGAUGAUGCUGGUGAUGAGUUAGGAUCUUCCCUUCAAAAUAACGAGAAAGAGAGGUCAUUGAUCCGACCAUUUAUAUAGUUUAGCAUUAAUAUCCGUUUAGUGGUUGUUACACUAUUAACAUCUGGAAUGAAUUUACAUCUUCACUGUGUCAGAGCCCUUGAGGUUGAAGAAUCAGAGAUGGAGGAAAGGCCCACGCAAUCAGAAAAUCAGGAGACAUCUCUCAAGAAGGAUGUUAUCCCCUUGACUUUACGGAUGAGAGCUGCAACUGCAACGGCUCUGGGUGCUGCUGCUGCUCAUGCCAAGUUAUUGGCAGAUCAGGAAGACAGAGAAAUAGAACAUUUAGUGGCAACUAUACUCGACACACAGGUAAGUUAUACUUUUUGUCGGAUUCCUACGCAAUUACACAAGCGAUUUAAUGCAAUAAUGAGUCAGAGCCAUGAGAAAGUGAACUUACCCUCCACCUUAAAAUCCUAUGCGGAUAACUGCUCUAGUUGGUCAUCUUAUUUUAUUUAGUUUUUUUUUCCUUCAAUGAAAUGCCAUUUUUUAAGUACACAGACCUUGAUGUUUAUUCUUUGAUGAAUGCAUGCAUAGUUGAAGAAAAUGCACCACAAAAUCAAGCAUUUUGAAGAUUUGGAGCUGAUAAUGGAAAAGGAACACUCACAAAUGGAGGAACUGGAAGAGUCUCUCAUAGAAGAGCGGAUAAAAGUCUUACAAAGGGUAUUCAAUACUGGGAUGCCUGGAUUGAGGGAUCACACUUUUGUAAAGUCUCAGACAGGCACUGUACUCUGAAGGUAUCUAAUUUAAAAUGUAAGGAAGUUAUGUAGGAGAUUCAUCAUAAACAUGUCAGGCUUCCCAUAGUAUGUAGCUUGUUUAGUACAUCAUUCUUUGCUGCAGACAAUUGUUGUAGAUCAAUUUCUUUUACUUUCACGUGUUUCUCUUUUAGUUGCUUAUAGUUGUAAUGUUCUUGGGAACAUAUCAUACUUGCACUUCUAAUUAUGAAAUGUAAACCAGCU